ACGUUGGAUCGUAGUUUUGGUAGUUUUCGCUGAAACAUUUUUUUUUUCAAAAAUGUUGGUGAUCAAACCACAUCGUUUAGUAGCUCCAUUGAUAUUAAAAAUCAGAUAUCUAUCACAAGAGCCAUCGGGGCACACUAAUCCACAUCACAAUGUCGACCAACGGGAAGUGGACACUUUGGGUAAAAUGGCCGAAGAAUGGUGGAAUCCAACUGGUCCUUUAAAAGGCCUCCACUCCAUGAAUUCCCUCAGAGUUCCUCUGAUUCGCGAUGGACUGAUCGCUACGAGCCUGGUUCCGCAAGGUCAAAUCAGAUCUCCUCAGGUACUGAAAGGAUUGGACAUUCUGGAAGUGGGUUGCGGAGGUGGCAUUCUAACGGAAGCGCUAGCGAGAAUCCAUGCCAACGUGGUCGGAAUUGAUCCCGGUGAGAAGUUGAUUAAUGUUGCGAGAGAACACGCGGAGCGGGAUCAGAAAAUUUCGCCCAGGAUUCAAUACUUGAUGGAAACCGUUGAGGAACAUGCUCAAAAAAAUGUCGAUCGAUAUGAUGCGGUUGUGGCAUCGGAAGUGCUGGAACAUGUCAACGACAAGGCAGCGUUCUUGGAGCAUUGCGUAAUGGCACUUAAACCGGGAGGUUCGAUUUUCAUUACGACGCUCAAUAAGACGACCGCUUCCUGGCUAGGUGGGGUGGUCGCUGCGGAGUAUGUCCUGAAACUGGUUCCGGAAAACACUCACGACUGGGAGAAAUUUAUUGCACCGUUGGAUUUACAGCGUAUGUUGAAGACGUUCAACUGUACUACCGUUUUGGUGCACGGGAUGUCUUAUGAAUUCUGGAGGAAUAGUUGGUCCUGGUGCAAGAGGAUGGACAUUAACUACGCUGUUCAGGCGGUGAAACUAGUCGAUAACUAAUUGUUUCUUGAUUAAUAAAUGUAGAUGU